AUGGCGAACGAGGAGAGUUCGUGGAAAAAGCCUUCCGUUCUUAUUUUGGGUGCCUCUGUUGAGCGUGCAUUUGAGCAACCGGAUGGCCAGGAAAGGUUCGACUUUGUGAUAAAUCUAGCUGCGGAAACCAAGUACGGACAAGGAGAUGCCGUUUACAAGGAUGGCAUUCUGAAGUUGACACAGAUGUGCGCUGCGGAGGCUGCACGUCGUAAAGUGAAGCGAUUCGUUGAACUGUCGUCCGGUCAACUGUAUUCCACGGGCAAGGACGGUGCUCCAGUUGUGUCUGAUAAUGCAUCCGUCGAAACGAAUGAGAUUGAUCAAACUGCAGUGGUGCCAGCUAAGGAGUCUACAGCCAGGGAACCAUGGACCAAGGUUGCAAAGUAUAAGUCUCAGGCUGAGGAUCAGCUGAGAGCUCUCCUACCUGAACUCAACUAUGUGGUACUGCGCCCAGCCAUCGUAUAUGGUAUAGGAGACAAGCAAGGCCUCACACCAAGGCUGAUCAUUGGAGCUGUGUACAAGAUACUCAACGAAAAAAUGCAGCUGCUCUGGACAAAGGAUCUUAAGAUGAACACAGUUCACGUAGAUGACGUCUGCCGAGCCAUCUGGCAUGUCUGUCACCAUGGCAAUGCAGGAGAGGUCUACAAUCUGGUCGACAAGGGUGAAACGAGGCAGGAUAAGCUCUCUGAUCUCUGAGAUGUUCAACAUCAACUAUGACUACAUCGGGCCUGUCAUGUCCAAUCUCGCUCGGCUGGACAUGAGCAGUACAGUGGAGGACAUCAACGA